AUAGAGGCAUGCUUUUGAAUUUCAAGUUCCUUGCAAUCCUUUAUGGGUUAUCCUCCAUUUGUUGGAAUGCCUCGUGCAAGAAUGGCUUUGCCAAUUGAGAAGGCUCAAGAACCUGUUUACGUGAAUGCCAAGCAGUACCAGGGAAUUUUAAGGCGAAGGCAGGCACGUGCCAAAGCAGAACUUGAGAAGAAGGAUAUUAAAGUCCGGAAGCCAUAUCUUCAUGAAUCUAGGCAUCAGCAAGCUAUGCGCCGGGCGAGAGGUAGUGGAGGGCGUUUUGCAAAGAAGACAGAUGCUAAUUCUUCAAAACAGAGAGCAGAAUACAGAGGAACAGGUUCAGGACUUGCUCUAUCAUCUCAACCUGCUAGUUCAAGUGGUUCCGAACCAUUUACGGCUGAUUUUGCGGAAACCUGGAACUCCACCCUCAGCCAGAAGGAAGCAAGAGGGUCCCUUAUGCAUGGCACCCAUCAUAUAGACAGCAGUGGUCGUUAUCAGAAUCGAGGUGGUACCAUCUCCUCUAACCAGGCUUCACGUAGGCCUCCUGCUAUCCAGUGAACAGAGAACACCCUCUCCGAAGCUGAAGGGUUAACUCUAAGACCGUUGUCCAUGAUCUCAUCUUGACACUAGAUUGUCAAGGCGGCAAAUCAUUCUUGGCUUUCCUCUUGUCUUGUCGGUACCUCAUUUUCCCCAGUUUGCAUUCUUGUACAGAUAGUGUUGAAUAAAACUCAAAACUUUGUUUUA